CCUGAGCUGGGCGUGGCCUCAUUCCGAGCUCUGCUCAGCCACUUAUGCUUGUUAGUUGGAUUAACGGACCAGAUACAAUCGCUCGUAGCGGCGAAAAAUGAGGCGCGUAUGGAUGCCUUAUUUGAGGAUGGAACACCCCACGCCGAGGAACACCCAACACAGUCUUUAACUACACAACGUUGACCUCCAACUUCAUCUCUCAGUCUGUGACUGCACCGUACCUAGCAAAACCAGAAUUAUCCAGCCAGCAAUCGCAAAUCUUACCCACCGCCCAAGAUGACAACAAACCCUUCCAUGCUUGAUGUUGACGUGGAACCGCCAACGUAUGACAACACCGUCAGCGACUCAAGGGCACAGCUCAGCUGUGGAGAGACACCAACCUUGUUCCUGGAUAAAACGACAAUCUUCGCCCAUACUUCACCACCUCGCGCGCUCUAUGAGCUGAGCAACGUUGUGACCGACGCAAAGUCAUUGGUGUAUGGAGUUCAGAAAGUGGGAUACAGAGUCUCAUCAGAAGCUGGCAGCGACAAAGUGAGAACGAGAUUGGACCACAUCUACGACUUCACACAGGACCCACUGAAGGGACUUGAAAGUUUCAGCGUGCAACUGAACGACGUCACAGUUAUUCAGGGUCAGAUGAGCUCCAAGAGAACGUAUAAGGAAGUCUACCUGAUGCCCGGCGUCUCUGGGUGGAAGGUGAAGGAUCACUUCAAAGCCGGGGACAGCGCGGUGCACCAGAUAAAGCACCAAGAUGAGAUCCAUUGGAAAAACAUGAAGGGAGAAGUUGUCGCUAUUGAGUCAGUCGCAAAACGAGAUAAGGAGAAGAAGCUGUUGGGCAUGCCCCAGUUGGAUGUCAUACUCCCCAUGGACCACAAAGAGUUGGACUUAUUGGUGACAAGCUGGAUGGCGAGGCUCUGGAGACAGUCAGCUGAUGAAACCAAGGAUCCCAUGACCUGGAAAGACUUCAAGGAGAUUUCCAAGAUCGCGCUUAGCAGAAACAAGUUCGGAAACACUUGGGCGCUAGGUGGAGCCUGAGGGUCGUUCUUGUAGGGCAGACUGGAUAACUAAAGUACCCGAAGUACUUGCUUACGCAGCGACGUUAGUGGAUAGGUCAGGAGCAGCGUAAAGAUACCCUUGAUUUCGAGCACAGCGAUGUUAUAACAACGAAAGACCUAUGGAGAUGGAACGUUUCUAAGGAUUUGAUAUCAAGGGGCGCCUCACUCAUCUUUUAGAUUAAUAAACCUCAGUGCAACAACGUAUCUUAAGCCUGGAUCUUACACCUGGUCGUGGCUGUUGUUCGCCAAUCGUCGACA